AUGUCGUCUGAAACUUUUGCAAAACGUGUAGCCAUAGAAGACCUUUUAACACCAGAAGAAAAGGUCAGUGUUUUUCAAAGCUUAGCAGGUGUCGACACCAAAAUGCUAUUGCAUCGGUUUCGUAAUACUAAUCGUAAACGAGUACGGACACAACACUUAAAAUUGUCAAGAUCAGAUUUAAACUACAUCUAUGGUUGGAAUUAUGGUGGCUCUCCAGAUGCAAUGAACUUUAAAGUGUCCAGUAAGUCUAGGCUUUUAGGCGUGAGUCUGUUUGCGCCGCGUUCGACGGGAACGGUAGAGGGAGAAGUUAGUUUAAAAAUUGGAGUUACUACUUUAGCAUCUAAAAGUGAUCUUAGGAUAAACUAUCAGCAGUCGAAGUACGUCGAGGAUGUGCUGUUUGAUCAACCAUACACAGUUAAACCAGGGGUGGAAUAUACAAUACAUACUUUGCUGAAAGGCGCACAAACAUAUAGCGGCAAAAAAGGUAAACAGAAGAUUUCCUCUGGUGCAUUUGAUGUGACUAUCUUCCAUUGUGCUGCAAGUACAAAUGGCACUUCCGUAAAAAGUGGUCAAAUUCAUUCUCUAAUUCUAGAAGUAUUUACUACUGCCUGA